AUGGAUGGGAUUGAUGAAGAUUAUUGUGAUAAGUUGGAAUUUAAUGAAUGUGAAAAGGAUGAGUACCGUUGUUCAAAUGGCAUGUGUAUACCAGAAGAAUAUUGGUUAGAUGGAGGUUUCGAUUGUAUGGAUUGGUCAGAUGAAAUGGGAGGACGGUUUAACAGUGGUGAGGAUUGUCUAUAUAAUCCAAGCGUUGAAUGCGAUGAACAUUCUUGUCUGUACUCUUAUUCUUGUGGAGACGGCCAUUGUUUUUAUGACCGUAGGAAUCGUUUCACUAAUGAACAUAAUGGAGAUCCUUUAUACUGUUCUAACUAUCGAGAUUUGAACUAUUUAUGCGAAAUCGUUAGUAUAUUAGAGAAAUCUCCGCAUUGGACUAUUAAUGGUGGCUAUUGUAUGCCGUAUAAACUACCAUUUAGUAGACUGGGUUUGGAUAUGACAUCAAACAGCAAUCCUUGUACGUUUUGGAUAAAAUGUGCUUUGACAAAUGGACUUGAUUCAGACUGCCCAUGUCCAAAGGGAAACUUGUAUUGCGAAGCUUUAAUUAGUACGUAUUGUCCAGAAGACAUUGUGUAUCCCGCCCAAGGCAGUGUCAUAGCACCAUAUUUAAUAAUGAAAUACAUACCUGAAGAAAAGAAUGUUUGGUAUGAUGCUAACAAAAUCCCACCUUUGUUGUGUUUUAACGGCAGCAUCAGAUGUGUUGGGUACCAGAUCUAUUCUGACGACAUAGCAUGCUUCAAAUUUGAAUCAGAUUUUAUCUCUCAGCUUAGUAUAUUUGAAUUCAAUAUCUGUAUAUUUGAAAUAGCUGAUGAUAAUGAAAACACGCCAAUACAUCGAAAUUACUCCAGUAUGAUAUUAAUCAUUUGA